AUGAGGUCUGUGGCGUUUGCUCUCUUCCUUGCUGGCCUGUCCCAGGCGUGGGCGGCAACGAGCUUGGACAUCAAAUUCAAGCCUUGCCCCAGCUCUGCAACUAUUCACUCGGUGAAUGUCGACCCGUGUGUUCAGUUUCCUUGCCCACUCAAGCCCAACACCUUCUACAAUGUCACCAUCAACGUCACGGUCGGUGAAGAUGUCACUUCUGGCGACGUGUCGCUGUCCGCCGUUUUCCACGGUGUUCGCCUGCCGUAUCCCGGCUUCAGUCAGAUUCAUAUGUGCAAGGAAUUGUCUGGCGCUGAGUGUCCGUUGAAAAAAGGACAGACGGUUAUCUACAAAUCGGUGAUGUCCAUCCCCAAGAACACGCCGCUUAUAAUUCUACCUAAGGAGAUUCCCUUCAGAUGGUCGGUGAAGGACAAGUCAGACAACGAAAUUCUCUGCUUCGACUCGCUCAUCGGCGUGGAUAAGAGUGGCGUAGAGAUCAGAAGGCCCAUCAUUGCAGUGUAG